GAAGACUGGAUUUCUGGAUAUCUACUCCACUCCAUCUCUGUUGACUAUUAAAAUAUGAUAAUGCAAAUCUGUAACACUGGCAGUCAUCCAUGAACCUUUAAUUGCAUUGAUUAAUAGCCUUUGACGCUUCCUCAGGGGAUACACGAUGACAUCAGCAGUGGCUGACAGUGGAGGUUCCGUCUUGGAGCUUUCCAGCAAUGGAGUGAAAAAUCAAGAGGAAAGUGUGAAGGUUUCUGACUCCCCGGCAGUGAUUGUAGAGCCAGUGCCCAGUGCCAGGCUGGAGCAGGGCUACGCCGCCCAGGUUCUGGUUUAUGCCGAUGACACUUACAUGAUGCAAGAUGUGGCAGAAGAACAAGAAGUUGAGACGGAGAAUGUGGAAACAGUGGAAGCAUCAGUUCAUGGCAGUAAUGCUCACUGUACAGAUAAGACGAUCGAGGCCGCCGAAGCCCUGCUUCAUAUGGAGUCUCCAACCUGCUUGAGGGAGUCGAGAAGUCCUGUGGAAGUGUUUGUCCCUCCUUGUGUAUCAACUCCAGAAUUUAUCCAUGCUGCUAUGAGGCCAGAUGUCAUCACGGAAACUGUAGUGGAGGUGUCAACGGAAGAGUCCGAACCAAUGGAUACUUCUCCUAUCCCUACAUCACCUGAUAGCCAUGAACCAGUGAAAAGGAAGAAAGUUGGCCGUAAACCAAAGACCCAGCAAUCACCAAUUUCCAAUGGGUCUCCAGAAUUAGGUAUAAAGAAGAAGCCCAGAGAAGGAAAAGGAAACACAACCUAUUUGUGGGAGUUUCUUUUAGAUCUACUUCAAGAUAAAAAUACUUGUCCUCGGUAUAUUAAAUGGACUCAGAGAGAAAAAGGCAUAUUCAAGCUUGUGGAUUCAAAGGCUGUUUCUAAGCUUUGGGGAAAGCAUAAGAACAAACCAGACAUGAAUUACGAAACUAUGGGACGAGCUUUGAGAUACUAUUACCAAAGGGGUAUUCUGGCGAAGGUCGAAGGACAGAGGCUUGUGUAUCAGUUCAAAGAUAUGCCCAAAAACAUAGUGGUCAUCGAUGAUGACAAGAGUGAAACCUGUAAUGAGGAUUUAGCAGCAGCUACAGAUGAAAAGUCGUUAGAACGUGUGUCACUGUCUGCAGAAAGUCUCCUGAAAGCAGCAACAUCUGUUCGUGGAGGGAAAAACUCGUCUCCUCUAAACUGCUCCAGAGCAGAGAAGGGCGUAGCUCGGGUUAUGAAUAUCACUUCCCCAGGUCACGAUGCGUCCUCCAGGUCCCCGGCUACCACCGCACCCGUGUCAGCACCAGCAGCUCCAAGGACAGUCCGUGUGGCGAUGCAAGUACCCGUUGUCAUGACGUCACUGGGUCAGAAAAUUUCAACUGUGGCAGUUCAGUCCGUUAAUGCCGCCGCGCCGUUAAUAACCAGCACUAGCCCAACCACAGCGACCUCGCCAAAGGUGGUCAUUCAGACAAUCCCUACUGUGAUGCCUGCCUCCGCGGACAGUGGAGACAAGAUCACCAUGCAGCCGGCCAAAAUCAUCACCAUCCCUGCUACCCAGCUCGCACAGUGUCAGCUGCAGACGAAAUCCAACCUGUCGGGGUCGGGAAGCAUCAACAUUGUGGGGACGCCACUGGCCGUGAGAGCACUGACCCCCGUCUCUAUCGCCCACGGUACACCUGUCAUGAGACUCUCCGUGCCUGCUCAGCAGGCCUCUGGCCAGACUCCUCCCCGGGUGAUCAGCGCGGUCAUCAAAGGGCCAGAGGUUAAAUCGGAGGCAGUGGCCAAAAAGCAGGAACAUGAUGUGAAAACUCUGCAGCUGGUACAAGAGGAAAAGCCAGCAGAUGGGAAUAAGACAGUGACCCAUGUGGUGGUCGUCAGUGCGCCUUCUGCUAUUGCCCUUCCAGUGACUAUGAAAACAGAGGGGCUGGUGACGUGUGAGAAAUGAGCAGCAGUCCGCCGUGGCCCCAGACUGCUAGUGCCAGUACUGACGUAAAUAUCUGCAAGGGAUGUUACUAGAAGAGUCAAAGGAAGACUUUAAACCAUUUUUAAUGCAUAUGAGAAAACAAUCAGACUUACUGGAAAUAAAUUACCUGUCCCAUGUUUCAGUGGGAAAUGAACUACAUGUUGAGAUGCUGACAGAAAACUGCCUCUUACACUAGGAAAACAAGUGACCCCAUCAGUGGAGGACCAGAGGGACCAAGCAGCUCACUACAAAGUCGUUACACUAAGACUUGGAACACUAACGUUCUGUAAGAGGCUACAGUUUUCGGCGGGAGGGGUUGGGAUGGGUGAUCUCAUUGUUACAUAGAGCAAUUUUUGAUGCAUUUUAUAUGCAUACCAGCAAUUAUUACUGUGUUCACACAGAACUCACUUAACUGGUGCUAUGUGAAGACUGCUAAUAUAGGUAUUUUAGAAUGUGAAUUGAAGAAUGGAUCCAAAAGCUUCAGAAAGAGGAGAGCAAAAAAAGAUCUAGUGCGACUUUUUUUUAUAUAUAUAAAUAUAUAUAUAUAUAUAUAUAUAUCAUAUAGCUUAAGCUGAUUUAAAACAAAGGCCUUAGACUAAAAUUUUCGGUUUUCUUUCUUGAAAUAAGCUAAUGGCUUGUUUGUGUAAAGCUUUUUUAUUAAAAGAAAAAUUUUAAAAACCUUGUACCUAGCACAGUAUUGUUAUAGAAUUUACAUGUAACAUUUUAUAUGGUAGUUUAAGUCUGUCAGUUUCUUAAUGUGGACAAAUGGACAGUUGGCUCUGGCCUCUUGCGGACACGCCCGUGUCGCCCACGCACCCUGGCGCCUGUGCAGACGCAGCAGUUUCAGUUUUACUGUCACUCGGAAGUGUUCAGGCUCAGCAUGAAUUCUUGUCAGGUGGCGCUGCAACCUGGAGUUUUCCCUUUUUUUUUUUUUUUUUUUUAAUUUUGUUGUUGGAGUUUGAGGGAAAGUACCAGUGUUCAGGUUUGAACUGUACUAGUUUGUAUAUUCAACAUUUGAAGUAUAUUCUAUUUUGUUGUACUCUUGUUUCAAAGUGUAUUCAAGUAGGUUUUCUGAAAUAUAGAAAUGAAAUUUAUCUUGUGUUUUGGUCUCUGGUGAUAUUUAUAACUGUUGGAAAGCUAGGAUAGAGAUACUGCUCUACUUAGAAGUAAAAGCGGUCCUGUUUCUCCUUCUCAACUACUGUGUGAAGAAAUUCUACUUUUCUUUUGUUCUACGACAUUCACAUUGGGCAGGUACCUGCGUGUUGCUACUUCCUAUCUGAUGACUUUCACAAAUUCUAGAACAUUCUACUUAGAGUGAACUGGCUGUUCUAAUGUUGGCCAUACGUACUCUAAGUCAGACUGUUUCACAGCCAGACCUGUGCACGGGUCAGCAGGAACAGGGUACUCCCUUGCCCUUCUGCAGAUAAGGGGGUUCUGGCACCUCCCAGCAGACUAAGUCCUGUGACUCUCCAUCUUAGUACUCUUUCUACUACAAAGAAAAGCUGUCUAUUUUUUCAACUUUUAGAAAUUUAA